UUUUCGUUAACCACAAUGCUUCGCCAUCUUUUUGUGAUUUUGGCAACCCUGGUGGUGUUGAACAGCGGCCAAGUGACUGUUCAGACAGAAUCCGACGAUCAAGACUCCGAUGCCGUUCAAGCACAGAAGAAGGAGAUUAUCGAAGCCACGAAGAAACUGUUGACAGCCAUCGCCGCUGGCGAUUUGGACGCCUACAAGAAAAUGUGCCAUCCGAGCCUCACCAGCUUUGAGUCCGAAAGCCUAGGAGUCUUGGUGAAAAGCACGGAGUUCCAUCGCUACUUUAUUGAAAAUGUUGUACAACAACCUGGUGUCUCUCACACCCUUAUUGUCAGCCCUUACGUACACAUGUUGGGGGAAGACGCGGCGUAUAUCACGUACAUACGCCUCACUCAGAACAUCGGGGCCGACAAGAAGGGUCAGACGUCCAGGGCGGAGGAGACCCGCAUCUGGCAGCGAGAAAACGGCGCGUGGCUCAACAUCCACUUCCAUAGGACUGGCGCCACUUCACUGCACACAAAAUAA